AUGUCCGUGGUGCCGAUGUUGUUCCGUGAUUGGUGGGAGGAUUUCGACACUCCACUCCGUUCGUCCAGGCUGCUAGAUCAGCAUUUUGGCACCGGAUUGCGUGCGGACGAUCUUUUCUCAUCCUUCCCGGCCCGGGCACCGCUCUCGUCUCCGUCGCUCCUUCGGGGUGGUUACUACCGGCCGUGGCGUAACACCGCCCUCACGCGGCAAGAUUCCGGCUCGACGCUUAACCUCGACAAGGACCGGUUCCAGAUCAUUCUGGACGUGCAGCAAUUUACGCCGGAAGAAAUCACCGUCAAAACCAGCGACCGGUGCGUCGUGGUGGAGGGCAAACAUGAGGAGAAACAGGACGAGCAUGGUUUCGUGUCACGUCACUUCACACGCCGCUAUAUGCUACCGGGUGGCCACGACCCGAACGAUGUUGUGUCGACGCUCUCCUCGGACGGUGUGCUCACCGUGACCGCACCCAAAAAGUCGCUGCCAGCCCCAAACCCGGAACGUAGCGUACCGAUCCAGCAGACGGGACAACCGGCUAAGGACAAGCAGGAAGCGCAACCGAGCGUAGAGGGAACGAAGUAA